GCAGGACUCGACUGAGACUCGCUCUCGCUGCCUUUAACCAUCAUGAGGGAUAGAUAGAUAGAUACUUUAUUCAUCUCCAAAGAGAAAUUUGUAUCAUGUGAUCAUCCAUAACAUCUGAUCCUGAUGCUUCGACUCACUCAGCUGUGAAAAUGGUUUCUUCACAGUAAUAUUUCUUCUCAGUUGGUUUUCAUCAAUGAGGAAUUUCCUUUGGUGUUCUGGUGCGUAACGAAGAAGAAGUAGUUCCAAAGUAAAGUAUAAAAUGUCUGAAGUAUAUUUCUGUUUUUAGAAGAAUGUGCACGCAGUAAUAAUCCAAAGACCUGCAUUCACUGAACGUGUCCCUUCAGCCGUGCAGACGUCGUGUUAACGGAGGCGUCGUGUCCACGUGUUCAACGUCGGCCAGUACAGACGAGAGGCCACGCGGUCCUACAACAGCUUCGAGUUCUUCAGGGCCGACAACGCAGAGGCCAUGACGAUACGCAAGGCCUGCGCCGUCGCUGCCCUCAAAGACGUGUUUGAGUACUUCAGCAGACAGAUGGGGCAGGUCGUGGUUUUCGACGCCACCAACACCACCACCGAGCGCAGAGAGGUCAUCCUCAGCUUUGCCAAAGAAAACGGCUACAAGGUUUUCUUUGUGGAGUCAAUAUGUGACGAUCCCGAAAUCAUCGCUGAGAACAUUAAACAAGUGAAGCUGAGCAGCCCCGACUAUGCAGACUGCGACAAAGAGGAGGCCGUGGCUGACUUCCUGAAGAGGAUUGAAUGUUACAAGAUGACCUACAUCCCUCUGGAUGACAACAAGGACAGGAACUUGUCGUACAUCAAGAUCUUCAACGUGGGCAGCAGAUACCUGGUGAACCGGGUCCAGGACCACAUUCAGAGCAGGAUAGUCUACUACCUCAUGAACAUCCACGUCACCCCGAGAUCCAUCUACCUGUGUCGCCACGGGGAGAGCGAACUCAACCUCGUGGGUCGCAUCGGGGGGGACACGGGGCUGUCGCCUCGCGGGGCGAAGUUUGCCAGCGCUCUGGGCGCGUACAUGCGCGGGCAGUCCAUCAGCGACCUGAAGGUGUGGACGAGCCACAUGAAGAGGACCAUCCAGACCGCAGAGGCUCUGGGAGUCCAGUACGAGCAGUGGAAGGCCCUCAACGAGAUCGACGCGGGGGUUUGCGAGGAAAUGACGUACGAGGAGAUUCAGGAGAAUUACCCAGAGGAGUUCGCACUGAGGGACCAAGACAAGUAUCGCUACCGCUACCCUAAAGGAGAGUCGUACGAGGACCUCGUCCAGCGCCUGGAGCCGGUCAUCAUGGAGCUGGAGAGGCAGGAGAACGUUUUGGUCAUCUGCCAUCAGGCUGUUAUGAGAUGUCUGCUCGCCUACUUCCUGGACAAGAGUGCAGAUGAGCUGCCCUACCUGAAGUGUCCUCUCCACACGGUUCUGAAACUCACCCCAGUCGCCUACGGUUGCAAAGUGGAGUCUGUCUUCCUCAACAUUGAGGCUGUCAACACACACAGGGACAAACCAGUGAACGUGGACGUGGACAGGGAGCCGGCGGAGGCGCUGGAGACGGUCCCAGAUCACAUCUAGAGGGGGAGACGCAGCAGGAGCAGGUGUCAUGUCCGCCCACCCUCGUGGAAAGUGGCCUUUCUUUUAAUUUAAGUAAUCAUAGUGUUUGUUGUUGUGGUCGCUGUUGUGAAACGGACACACUGUGUGUUGUAUGAAAAUUAGACAUUUCUCUUGUACAACCCUGAUUCCAACACGUUGGACGCUGCGUUAAACAUAAAUAUAAGAGCAUGUGAUCCCUUUUGAUCCUUUCUGACAUAACUCACCUGAAAACAGUAC